AUGCCAAAAUCGAAGUCUAAAACUGAUAGAAAGAGUACAAAUCCUUUUUGCAACACAAGGUCAAGGGGGAAGAAAAAAAAAAAGACUGACGCGUGUGUCUUUAAAGAUGAGAGAAAGAGUUAUCUCUCCCAUACUGACCUCGGCUCAUAUUUUGAACAAGAGAAGCAAUGGCCCGAGCUUUUUUCUGACAAAAAUCCUGGAGAUGCUGGAAGUUCUUCGCGAAGUGAAGCGGAAUUAAAUGACAGCAUGGAAAGCUUGAAGAGAAGAAAAGCUUCAGAAUCGGAGUCAGAAUCGGAGUCAGAAUCGCUUACCGACUUAGACAACAGCGAGGAUGGUGCAUUUAAAGCACCUGUUGGACGUUAUAUUGUUGAGCCUGGAUGUCUACAAGAAAUG